CGAUCAUGGAUAUUGACUCUUUGUGUGAUCUUCUUUUUCGUAUGGAAGGUUUCUUUCUUGCAUGAUUCAAUAUUUUAGGCAAAAUGAUUACGUUCAUGAAUCUCACGUGUUUAGUCUAGAUUUAAAUAUGUUUUCAACAAAAACAGUACCACGAUUAUGUAUCAACUUUUGUUUCGUUUUUUUUUUCUUCUAUAUUUUCCAAGAAUAAUAAUCAGAGUAUCGUGAUCAUUAAUAUCACAUAGGUGUUUUCACUAGAUUAAACAAACAAUUCUUCCCAAAGAUUGCUCUUCACACCUCAACACUUCAUGCUAAUUAGCUAAGAAAAUGUAAAGAUCCUUUUGCACCUAAAACUCUAAAUGGAAUAUGUUAUUGCAUCUUCUAUAGGCCCUUUUUUUUUUUGGUUAUAAGUUCUUUGUUUCGAACUUAUCAACACUCUCUUCAUUACUCAUAUAGUCAAUGUGUAUGUAAAGUGUUUCAAAUAAAGCAAAGAUGGCGAUUUUCUUUACAUCUCCCCUCUUCUUUUUCAUCAUCCUUUGUUUCUUUAUCUCCGUAUUUCACUUGUCAGCAUCACCAACUCUUGUUCUCAAUCUCGUUCACUCCAACCAAAUAUAUUCCCUACAAUCACCACAAGUCUCUCAUAUCAAGGAAGCAUCCGUUGAACGUCUAGAGUACUUGAAAGCCAAGGCAACGGGAGAUAUCAUCGCACACCUUUCCCCUAACGUCCCUAUCAUCCCACAAGCUUUCUUAGUGAACAUAUCAAUAGGUAGCCCACCAGUCACGCAACUUCUCCACAUGGACACGGCCAGUGAUCUUCUAUGGCUACAAUGUCGUCCUUGCAUCAAUUGCUAUGCUCAAAGUCUUCCUAUCUUCGAUCCUUCUAGAUCUUAUACUCAUCGCAACGAAUCUUGUAGAACUUCUCAAUACUCUAUGCCUAGCUUAAGAUUCAAUGCAAAAACCAGAUCUUGCGAGUAUUCCAUGAGAUACAUGGAUGGUACAGGGAGCAAAGGCAUACUAGCUAAAGAAAUGCUGAUGUUUAAUACAAUCUACGAUGAGUCUUCAUCAGCUGCUUUACAUGAUGUUGUUUUUGGUUGUGGCCAUGAUAACUACGGUGAACCUCUAGUUGGAACCGGCAUUCUCGGUUUAGGAUAUGGUGAAUUCUCGUUGGUUCAUAGAUUUGGUACAAAAUUCUCAUACUGCUUUGGAAGCUUAGAUGAUCCUUCUUAUCCUCAUAACGUUUUAGUUUUGGGAGAUGAUGGUGCCAACAUUUUGGGAGAUACCACACCGUUAGAGAUUUACAAUGGUUUUUAUUACGUUACAAUCGAAGCGAUCAGCGUGGAUGGAAUAAUUCUCCCGAUCGAUCCAUGGGUAUUCAACCGUAAUCACCAAACUGGUUUAGGUGGUACAAUAAUCGACACAGGAAAUUCAUUAACAAGCCUAGUCGAAGAAGCAUACAAGCCAUUGAAGAACAAAAUUGAAGAUUAUUUUGAAGGAAGGUUUACGGCCGCGGAUGUGAAUCAAGAUGACAUGUUUAAAGUGGAGUGCUACAAUGGAAACUUAGAGCGAGAUUUGGUCGAGUCCGGAUUUCCGAUUGUAACGUUUCAUUUCUCAGAUGGAGCAGAGUUGUCAUUGGAUGUGAAAAGUGUGUUCAUGAAGCUUUCACCAAAUGUUUUCUGCUUAGCCGUGACCCCUGGUAAUAUGAACAGCAUUGGUGCGACGGCUCAACAGAGCUAUAACAUAGGGUAUGAUCUUGAAGCAAAGAAGAUCUCUUUUGAGAGAAUUGAUUGUGGUGUCCUCUUUGAUUACUGAUUAUAAAUUAAUAUCAUCUGUUCAAUUAAUUAUUAGUCUAAAUCACGAAAAUAUAGUGCAAAAUCUUAUAGAUUUAAUUUUUCAUAACUGUCAAUAUAUAUCUACAAUAAAGAUA